CAGGUGGCGGUAACGGCACUUGGACGCUCAGAAUAUCACCAACGAAGAAGAAUCCCGGUAGUCGUCCUACAGCGUCUGGAGAAAUUUUAAACACAUGGAAGGCGACGUCACCAACGUGAACAGGAAGUGCUCGGCCGUAACAGGAAGCGCGCGCAAACUGAAGGACAACGCCGCCGACUGGCACAACUUGAUGCUGCGCUGGGAGAAGCUCAACGACGAAGGCUUCGUCGUCGCGGGAAACAUCGUCAACGCCAGGAGAAGCAGUGGUGAGGCAGAAGGAUCUUCCCGGGAUCUCGUGGUCGGAAAUUCGGGACUUCAGGAAGAAUGUGAAAAACUGGAGGAUGUCGUGGACAAAAUGGCGGCCAUUGUGGCGAAGAUGGAGCGUCUGAUGGCGUCCCAGCGAGGCCUGGUGGAUUUGGAGGAAUUUCAGUUUGGGCCCCAAGGCAGGAAGGUUCCGCUCUUCCACAGCUGGAACGCCAAAGACUUUGCAUCGUCCUGCGCCAUCCUGCUGCAGUCGUUCACGUCGGAGCUGCGUCUCAAGCGCGUCCUCCUCCGGGAAGUGGCUCACAGCGUGAACUCUGACCUCAGCCUGGUGUACCUGUCGUGCUGGCUCCACCAGCCGCUGGUACCGGCCCGCGCCCGCCUGGCGCUGGAGGCGGUCCUGCUGGAGACGGGCCAGCGACACCUUCCUGUUUGACAAUGGCUUUUAUUGUGAAAACAAGAAACAGGACGGACGGACGGACGGCCGCCAGGCGUACACGAACGUUAUCGAAAAAGUAAUAAAAAUAGUGCAGCUUUG